GGGAUUUUAUCAAUAGUCAGUGGAAACUCCGAAUAAAAGUGCGUUAUCCAUCCUUCAGUUAUCACGCUCCGUAUCAAUAGGGUUCAGUACCAAAUGAGACGUUAAGGAGAGCGCAUGUCUGCUUUCGCUCCUUGGUUCUCUUCGGGACGUUAAAACUUGCCUUUUCGCGUUACGAAAUAUUGAGUGAGUUCGAUGUGUAAGUUGUGAAUUAAAACUGUACGGAUUGAUGAGAUUUCUUUAACAGAUCAAUAGUGCGAUGGUGUUAGUGAAAAAAUGUGUCGGUGAAUCAAUAGUGAUGUGCUGUCGUCGAUGAUAUAGAAACAUCGAUAUAAUGUGGUGGUGUGUGAUACUGAUCAGUGUUCUGAAGUUCGUCGACAGUCAGAACUGUCGCGAUAACGAGCCGCGACUGAAGGAGUGCGAGAAUCUGUGUGACAAGGAUGGCAAUUGUGCGGUUAGAGCGGCACUAUUGCUGCCGCAGAAUUGUUCCUUUGAUGCCAAUUUGCCCGCUGUUCGGUCUGUAUUCGAGCUAGCGCUUGCAGACGACGCUAUCAAGCAGUACAUGCCAGGAGUUACCAUGGAGCUGUCUGCGUACGACGUGCUGGACUGCGACGCCGCGUACGCAGUCAUAUCGGCCAUUGACGCGUACAAUGACUGCGCCCACGUGUUCUUUGGGCCAGCCUGUGAUUAUGCGCUCGCUUCGGUGGGGCGAAUCACCAAAUUCCUGGGUAGUACCGGCACUCCCAUCAUCACUUCUGGAGGUUUGACCUUCGAUUUCGCCAAGCCGAAGCAAACCUGCUUAGACGAGUUCUACAUGCUCGUUCGAGCUGGACCCGUGGGGUUUAAGGAGAUAUCCUACUUCCUGAUAAACCUGAUGAGACAUUUUACCUGGCGGCAACUCCUGAUCAUCAGCGACCCUGAGUCCCAGCUUCACAUUGCUGGAAAGUCGACCUGCCACCUCAUGAUGAAAACCCUUGCGAACUACCUGAAAUUCGAGGAGAUCCUGUACACGCCAUGGGACACGACCUCAGAGGGCGGUCUUAACUACACGGAGAACUUGAAGUUUUAUCUCGGAUACAAAUACACAAUUGUCGUGGUUUGUGCUAACCCAAACACCGUCCGGGAGAUAAUGCUGGCCGCAGAUGAGCUCAACAUGGUAUCUUCUGGGGAGUACGUCUUCUUCAACAUAGAACUAUUUUCCAACUUAGCGUCAGCGUCCUCCAAGGAACCUUGGAAAGUAGCAAAUGACACAGACGAGCGAAAUGAGCGAGCGAGGCGAGCGUACAGUGCCGUACUCACUGUCACAAGCCCGGCACCCGAGAAAAAAGAAUAUUUGGAGUUCUCCGAUCAAGUAAAGGAUCUUGCAGCGAGGAAAUACAAUUACACUUUCGAGAAGGGCGAAGUGGUUUCGACCUUCGUGGCUGCCUUUUACGAUGCCGUGCUAUUGUACGCCCUGGCCCUCAACGCUACUCUUGAACAAUCGAACAACACUUCUGGUCCUCUAGACGGCGCUGCUCUAAUAAGGAACAUGUGGAAUAGGACUUUUCAAGGAAUAACAGGCGAAGUUGUGAUCGACGACAAUGGCGACCGCGUGGCUUCGUAUUCGCUUCUCGAUAUGAACCCAAUCACGAGCAAAUUCGAGGUGGUCGCUACUUAUGUGGCUGCGAAUUCGUCGCUCCAGUUCAUUCCAGAGCGGCCCAUACAUUGGGCAGGGGGGAGGCUGACACCCCCUCCCGACACCCCCGAGUGCGGCUUCGACGGCACUCUGUGUCCAGAUAACUCCAUUCCAGUGUACGCGAUACUUAGUAUCGUACUGAGUUCGGUGGUUGUAGUUUUGGCUGUACUUUCUGUAUUCAUAUACAGGCAUUACAAGUUGGAAGCGGAGAUCGCAAUGAUGACGUGGCGAGUCAGUUGGAGCGACGUCUUGCCACCUGGAGGGAGGCUGCGCGGGAGCAUGCACUCGCUCGCACGAAGGUACAGCUCAGGGACAGCCUACUCAGAUGAAGGAGCUUCUCUUCCCGGCGAUCGUCAAGUAUUUACAAAAAGAGGUUACUACAAAGGUUGCAAAGUCGCCAUCAAAGUGGUCGAGAAGCAGCGCAUAGACUUAACCAGACCGCUAUUGUUAGAACUUAAAAAGAUGAAAGACUUAGAGCACGACCAUCUGGCCAGGUUCUAUGGGGCUUGUGUAGAUCCACCUCAUUGCUGCCUCCUGACAGAGUAUUGCCCAAAAGGAUCACUGCAAGAUAUUCUCGAAAAUGAAACGAUCAAACUGGAUUGGAUGUUCAAAGUCAGCUUGAUGCACGACAUCGUUAGGGGAAUGCAUUAUCUCCACGGUACCGAUACCAAAUCUCAUGGCGCUCUGAAAUCAACAAAUUGUGUCGUCGAUUCAAGAUUCGUCUUGAAGAUCACCGAUUUUGGACUCCAUGCUUUAAGAACUUUCGAAAAAGACACCAGGGCUCACAGCUAUUGGACGCGUUUGCUAUGGACCUCUCCCGAGCUUCUUCGGAUGCACGAACCACCCCCAGAAGGGACUCAGAAAGGAGACGUGUAUUCAUUCGGGAUUAUCAUGCACGAGAUCGUACACAGACAGGGAGUGUUUUGGCUGGGAUCGGGCGUUGAAAUGCCACCCAAAGAAAUUAUUGAGACGGUUAUUGGAAGUGGUUUGAGACCAAACACGGGACAACACCGGUCCCUCGAGACGGAAGACGCUACGGAGCUCAUGCGACGCUGUUGGUCUGAAGACCCCACCGAGAGGCCAGACUUUGCCCACCUAAAAGGAGCGAUAAGAAGACUAAAUAAGGGUCAAGAGAGCAGUAACAUACUGGACAAUCUGCUAUCACGUAUGGAACAAUAUGCAAACAACUUAGAACUAUUGGUGGAAGACAGAACAAAAGACUAUUUGGAAGAAAAGAAGAAAUGUGAAGAGCUGCUGUAUCAAUUACUGCCAAAGUCUGUCGCCUCGCAACUCAUCAACGGCCAGUCCGUAGUAGCAGAGACCUUCGAACAAGUCACAAUUUAUUUCUCUGACAUUGUCGGCUUUACGGCUCUCUCGGCGUCGUCCACCCCGAUGCAAGUCGUUGAUCUUCUCAACGAUCUGUAUACUUGUUUCGAUUCUAUCGUAGAGAACUAUGACGUCUACAAGGUGGAAACCAUCGGUGACGCGUACAUGGUGGUAUCUGGUUUGCCGGAACGCAAUGGCACCAGGCACGCUUGUGAAGUGGCUCGGAUGGCUCUUGCUUUAUUGGAUGCUGUCAAGAGGUUCCGAAUCAGGCACAGGCCUCACGAUCAACUCAAGCUGAGAAUCGGGUUGCAUUCGGGUCCUUGCGUGGCUGGUGUGGUUGGCCUCAAAAUGCCCCGCUACUGUCUAUUCGGGGACACGGUGAAUACAGCCUCCAGAAUGGAGUCGAACGGAGAAGCCCUCAAGAUUCACGUUUCUCCUGACACAAAGGCUCUUCUGGACUCAUUCGAAACUUUCAUUUUGGAAUGCAGAGGAGAGGUUCCGAUGAAGGGCAAAGGAAUUCUAGUCACAUACUGGUUGUUAGGAGAAAAAGUAGAUCCAAAUGCACCGAAAGAAAAAAAUGCAUUAAUAAAAGCACAAACGCAAUCGAAUGAGAGUGGCUCACUAUCACAUCUCACGCCGUUCAGAAAUCGGAAAGAUCAAAGCUCUAGAUCAUCUAGCAGAAGAGGAUCAGAUGCUCUAGCACAAAAAGGGAAUGAUUUGAUCAAACUAGAAAAGGACGCACAACCACUUUUGCAGAAUCUUAAAAUUCAAAGGCAACAUUCUGACCCAACGGAGCCAGUUAUAAAUGGCGUCAAUGACAACAGUGAAGAUUUAGAUAAAGUAAAUCUAUCUAAUUCUAUAGCGCUGAACGUGAACUCUCUUAGUCAUGGACAGCCUAGAGUGAAACUAAAGGAUUGCCAAAUGAACACCAUCGGCAAUCAUAAAUCAAAUAAAAUAGGCAAUAACAACUGGAUAGCUAAAAUGCCCACAGCGAGUUCUUUCGAUAACGGCUGUAAGAAAAACAACGAGCAUUUGAAAGACUACAGUAGUGUACCACUACUAUCUAAAUCAGAGACAUUGAAUGACUCCAUAGUGUAAGGUUUGUAAUCACUGUUAUUGGCACCAAUUAUAUAAAAAUAUUUCCGUUUACAGCCUACAGAGGUACGUAAUGUUUGGCAAAAAAAAAUGUACAUUUUGUCAACAUUAAAACUAAAAUAAAAUAUAAUUCCAUUUCUUUGGUCAUACACGAAUUCCAUUCUAAGUCUUAGUAGUAUUUUCAAGUAAGACUCAAUUUAUCAAAACACUGAAACAUGAGAGAAAAAAAUAUUUAUACACUUACUUUAAAUAAUUUAUUAAUAUUAGAUGUCUUUGAGUCGAAACAAGAAUGCACGUAAUCGCAAAUGUAAAUUAGGCUCAUGUAAAUGUCAUUAUGGUGACUCUCACACUAUAUCAGCUAUCUUGUUGAUCAAAAAUAUGCAUAUGUAAAAAAAAAUACAUAGAAUUUUAUAAUGAUUCUCCGGAUAGCUGAUUACAAGAGUGUACACUUGUAAAUAUUCGAUUUCAUGUCUGCUUGUAGGUGUUAGGGGUAAACAACUAAAUGUCAGGUAAAUAUGAAGAAAGAAUAUAAAAUUCCAUUGUAUUACAGAUAGGAAGAUAUCCAAUUUUAAUAAACUGUUAAUGUUAAAGUUAAUGAAAUUGUGUCUCUAACUGAGUGUGAUGUUUUGAUUUAGUAAAUUGUUUACAUUCCUGAAUAAAUCUUGAAUAUGAAUAUUUCUGACCAUGAAAGUGAUUGAUUUAAAAAAAAAUCGUGGAAAUCAGUAUAUCAUGUAGAAAUACAAAUUAUAAAUGAGACAUUUUGCCAAACAAUGCUUACGGCAAUCGUCAUUUAUCACUUCGAUAAUUGUAUACUUAAAAGGUAACUAAAUAGUAGGGGCGAUAAUUUCAAAACUAUUGUUUACUACUACCAAUUUAUUAAUAAUGAUUAAUAUAUUGGUUUAUUUAGAUUAUCAUACCUAUUGUGUAAUUGAAUCGUGCAAUGUAGCUUAAACCUCAUCAAUAAUGACAAAUUGAGUAAAACAGUAGUUAUUUAAAAUAAACUAAAUGUUUAUAGUAAAUGUUUCAUUUUGUUGAGUUCUUAAAAAUUACCGAUUUCAUCUUUUCGUACACUGCACAUUUGCUAAGAGUACUGAAAUUCGAGUAUUGUAUCUAGUUUUACUAAUCGCCUUUGUUUCGAUGCUAUUUGAAAUAGUGCCAUGAGUGGGAAGUAUAGACUCAAUCGAGUUGCGUAUCGAGUAAAAAGUGACAUUGUGAGAAGUGUUAAGGGAAUGUCUAAACCAACUGUUUGCUGAUUACAUCCUUUGAUCAUGGUGCUCGCAACAUUUUCGAUAUAGAAGACUUCAUGGCACUAAAAGCAAUUUCAAAAUCAAUUACACUCAUGUUUUAUUUAGGUUUUUAGUUUGUGCAUUCGCGUUCAAUUGUGAGCUUCUUCAUAGCUAGUUCAUAUAAAGUCUAAUGCAUUUUAAAAUUAACUUUUUUUAUGAAAAAAUAAAUGUAUGUAAUUGCAUUAAACCCACUUUCAUAAAGAAAUUCGCGUCUAUAAUGUGCCGAAUAACACUUUAAUGUACUUAAAUGUUAGAUGUAAUAAAUUUUGUAUUGAGAAUCAAAAAUAAUCGCUAAAAAACUAAAUUAUAUUAUUUUUUAUUUUAAAUAUACUUGCAGAACCGAUUUGAAAUUUAAAAUAUUAAUGUCAAAUAUUAAAUAACAUUUUUAUAUCCAUUUUUAUAUUCAGUAAAUUAACACACUCGAAGAAGCCUAUAACUUUGUACUUGAAGGUGAAAAUAGAUUUAAUAUGAUUUUUAUUGCUUUUUGUAAUCACCUCAAAAUGAUACAUCACCAACUUUUUCAGUCGAACUUAUGCACCGCCUGUCCGCAAGUGACAACACACACAAACUUUGACAACCGAAUCUACCUUUAUCGUAUCCCUUUUUGUGGUAACAUUAGGAGGACCAACAAGUUAAUCUUGGAGCGUAACAAUAUUUACCACAUGAGUUAACUAGGAACAAAGGCAAAGCUUCAUGAAGUGCGUGUGUGUAAGUGAGCAUUGGCGAUCUGUCACCGCCAAUAGAAAUGUUUCACUUUCACAACCCAACACGCGCGCCCGCGCAACAGGCUAUUUGAUUUUUUUUAAAAGGUUAAUACGUUACUGCGUGCAGUGUCUCCAUAAAUAAAGGAUUUAUAUUUCUGUUAUUUUUUCAAAUACGCCGCAUUAACGUUUCUUUAGCAAAUAUGGUGACUUCAGUCUAAAGUCACAUGGAUCUCGUCAAAACGUCAAACAGUGUAAAGUUAUUUCAUUUCGUUGGGAUUUUUACAAGCAGACGACGUCAUUUUAGGCUCCACGUGCAAAUUGAUCAUAAAUACUUUUCUAUUUCAUGACUUUUAGUAAUAUUAUCAACUACAUUUUUGUCAGAAUAUUGAAAUCGCUCCUAAUAUUUAUGUUAAAUACACAUUCCAACAAUUGGUACUUUAUUUUUUUAUACUGACAAAUAGUCAAUUUUCUGAAGCUUUGUCUCUGUGCCUUCAUUACUCGUGUGAUAAUUCUGUUGGACUGUGUCUACUCUGAACUGUCGCUAAUGAAGUUUCGCUGAUGUUGAAACUACCAUUUUUCGUACUUUGAAAGUUUUACUAAAGAAUAUCACUUUCACAAAAAACGCUUCAAAACUUCAACUGGCAGAAAUUUUCAACAUUAUCCAAAAUUUAGUUUACCGAAAUUCAAUGUAAGUCCUAAAGGUAUCUUGGGAUAUAAGUGCGGUAUCCAUUAAAAUGUUGUUUCUUUUUUAUAUUGAAUGUAGAUUUAUUUGUUUAUAUACUCUACUCGUGUUUUAACUAACCAUUUAUUUUUGAUCUUCAGUAUAAAUUAUAAUUUAUUCUUCAGUGAUGAGACUAGGUUGUAAAUAUAGUUUGUUUAUUCACAUUUAUUGUAAAUAAUUUAAUGUAACGUUGUUGUGAUCUUAGCUAAAGGUAUUCUGAAAUCUGUAUUUAUAAUUUACGUAGACGUUUAUGAAGUAAUUUAAAUGUUUUAAAGACGUUAUAAUAAAUAUAAUGAGUGAGAAUUCUGUACUGCGUUUAAUUGGUUUUCAUAAUUAUUUUCUAAAUAAUUUGCUUAAAACUAAAGAAAAGUUUACUAGAAAAAAAACCAGGCGAACCAGGCAGCAGACGGAACUCGAA